AUAUCCUUAUGAUGCAUCUCCAGUGAGUGCAGGCCUGGCUACUAACAUUUGAAAUCUUCCCCACUCCAUAUCCAUAUGAUGCAUCUCCAGUGAGUGCAGGGCCCGAGGUUAUAAAAAAAAUGUCGUGCUCAACUCAGUUUCGUGCUCAAAUACAUGCUCAUGCUCAAGUUCGUACUCAGUUGAGAUUUGUACUCAAGCAGAGGUUAUAAAACAUCUUGAGUCUGUACUCAGCUGAGAACAACUCACGCUCGGCUCGAGCAUGCUCAAAGGACUCUUUGUUUAUGAUAUAAGCGGCAAUUUGGAACUCUUCCGUCAAGAAUGGUAAGAAAACAACGCGGAUGUUGUCGUCUGCUUAUUUACAAUGGCAAAGGAGGGCGUGACCGAAUCGAGAAGGCGGGGUAAGGGGUGGUCAGAAGCGGAGGAGGUUUGUCUCAUCCAGGAAGUCGUUCAGCGAGAGCAACUGUUGUUCGGCGAAAUAAAGGGAAGCGGUGUGAAGUCCAUCCAUCGACAGCGGACCGAUGGAUGGCAAAGCAUCACGGACAUCCUCAACACAAGACACAUCAAUGCCAAAAGGGAGGCUAUUGAAGUGAAGAAGAAGUACUUCAAUUUGAAACAAAGAGCUAAAAGCAAGAUCGACGGCCUCAAAAGGUCAAUGGCCACAACUGGAGGAGGGCCUCCACUCCCAGCACUGUCCAACGCGGACGAGGUCCUUUGUCAGUCUUUGGAGGGGAGGCCAGGUAUCCAUGGCCUAGAACAUGGCAUUGACACUGAUGUCAUUCAUGAUGGCGAUGUAGCUGCCGCUUCACCAGAAGGUAAUACAUAUCAUAUGUCUGAAUACUAUUAACAUGUAUUAUUAUACAUAAUCACAUCUAUAACAUGGGACAUAUAUCUAAUUACUCUCAGUCUGUGGGUUGUCUCCCUUAUAUAGGUCAUGUCUGGAACAUAAUACCAAAAUUUCCAACAUGUAUUGUAGAGCAUAGUUUGCUAUUCCUGUCAUAACAUUAUUGUCUGAGCUGACACAUUGUAUACAAUCAAUGUAAAUAUUCUCAAUUAAUAACAUUAAAGUAUAACUUUAUUUUGUGACUUUAUUGAAUGCUUAAAUAUAUAAAUGUCAGAAAAUGAUACAAUAAUUUUUUGCAUUUGUUCAAUGUUAAAAAUUGUAUCCCCUUAUUUACAGGUCUGCAAGGUGAAGCACAUCAC